AUGAACCAAACUGAUUCCAAUUUACCAAAAAUGAUUAUGUCAUCAAGAAAAUUGGAGGAAACAAUAACCCAUUCUCAUGAAGUUUCAGACACGAAAAUUCAUUUGGAGUUGGAAAACCGGUGCCAAUGUAAGGAUAGCGAUAAAGAUGACAAAUCGAUGAUUCAAUCAAUUAUUGCGAAUUCAAAGAAUUUGAACUUGAAUGACAACGAUGUAAUUAUUGGUUGUGAUUCAUCUACUACUCUUCCUUCUCCAGCUCUCGAUCAAGACAGCGAUAUCAGUACUGACGACAGCAAUAGUAGUCCCGCCAGCAACCCUACCAGUGGUAGUCUGAUGAUGGGCAACUCUAUCAUCGAUGCAGAGACCGAGGUGAUCUGCAGUAAAUGUAAUUGUAGUAAAUUGAUACCUCUGAAAAUUCAAAUGUACAGUCCUUACACAGUGAGAGGUCUGAAAAAAGAUGUAGUCUACGAAUAUUGUACGUGUGGACAAACCAAGAAUCAACCGUUUUGCGACAAAUCACAUAUCGGAACAAAGUAUAAACCUAUAGAGUUUACACUCGACAGAAAUCAGAUUAUGAAUACUUUAUUAUUUAAAAAUAUAUCAUCAAAAUAUAUAUCAAAUUCAAUUGGAGUAAGAUGUUCAAGUUUUGUUGGUAAUAAUAGAUAUUUCUCUAGUAGUAAGGUUACUGCUUCAGCUGAACCACCAUCAUUGAUCACAUCGAUCGAGCAAUUCAAGACAAACUAUGAUUUCAAGAAUAAUAAAGUGAGAAUAUUCAGUGGAAUGCAACCAACUAGCGGUGGUCUGCAUCUAGGAAACUAUGUAGGUGCUAUGUUGAAUUGGGUAGAGAUUCAAAACACUAUACUGUCGGGUGAUAACAACCAGCAGCAACAGCAUGAUAUUCUCUUCUCGAUAGUCGAUCUUCAUUCACUUACAAAUAAAGCGGUUACACCAGAGCGUCUACGAGCAAACACACUCGAUGUUGCCAUCGAAUAUAUAUCAUGUGGAAUCGAUCCUACCAAAGUAAUUCUAUUCAACCAAUCACAGGUAUCUGCACACGCAGAGUUGCAAUGGAUACUAAGUUGUCACACAGCCAUUGGAAGACUUGAGAAUAUGGUUCAAUAUAAAGAAAAGAGUAAGAAGAAUACAUCUUCAUUAGUUCAAAAUACAUAUGGUUUGUUGGCAUAUCCAAUUUUGAUGGCUGCAGAUAUUUUACUUUACAAAGCAUCACAUGUACCAGUUGGAGAAGAUCAAACACAACAUGUCGAGUUGACUAGAAAGAUAGCAUAUGCAUUCAACUCACAUCAUAAAGUAGACUUUUUCACAUUGCCACAGAUCGUCAAUUGUACAGAGACCAAGAGAAUCAUGAGUUUGACCGAUGCCUCUACAAAGAUGAGUAAAUCAGAUCCCUCUGAGAAUUCGAGAAUCAACCUGACCGACUCUGACAAGAUCAUCACCAACAAGAUUAUGAAAGCAGCUACCGAUUCGACCGUGGGAGUAUCUUAUGACCCAGAGAAUCGUGCAAACAUUUCCAAUCUUCUUUCGAUAGCAUCGGCUGCCACCGGUGCACCUAUCACCGACAUUGCACAUGAAUUCAAAGAUCAAUAUCACAGUAAAUUCAAAGAGUAUCUCGCACAACAACUCUGCAAAAAGAUUACACCUAUUCGUGAUCAAAUCGAAUAUCAUCGUGCCAACCCAAAGCAAGUAAAGGAAUACCUCCAACUUGGUUCUCAACGUGCAAAUCAACUUGCACAAAACAAUCUUAAAGAAAUUAAAGAUCUCAUCGGAUUAUAUUAUUAA